UGAACAUAAAUCGCGAUGGCAGAGAAUACGGAGUACACCGAUGAGGGCGGCGAGUUCGAGGACGAUGAGAACCUGUACAUUGGGGAGCAGCACAUGAUGGAGGAGGGGCCCGAUGAGGACCUCUUCUCCAAGCUGGGCGAGUCCUCCGACGAUCCCGAGCAGAAGCGCAUGUACAUGGAGUACCUGGCGCUGAUCAAGGAGAUCGACUGCCAGAACAAGAUCAUCCAGGACAUCAAGGGCAACAUCAUGGACAUGUGCGCCAAGCCCUGCAAGACCCGCAACGAACUGAGGGAGAUCAAGCGCUUGAGAAUCUGCAUGGAGCAGGAGAACAUCAAGCUGCACACCAUGAUGAACAGGGCGGUGCAGCUGCAGAACUUCGGCUCCCAUCGGCACUACAAGGAGCUGCCCAUGACCACCACCGUGGACGAGGACAACUUGUCCCCGUAUAUGUGUGGCAUAGGACCUUGUGCUCCAGCUGGCAGCGCCACGGAUCCCUGCAGCGAUGAGCCCAGCUCGUGUGCCAGUGUUUGUGGUGGCGGCGGUGGAGGCGGCGGAGGCCAACGCGAUAUGGCCGGUCAGGACGACAAGCUGAUCUGCGCCCUGCAAAAGGCCAUGCAGAAGAUGAAGGGUGCCUGUCCGGAGGACAAGAAGAUGAUCGAGGAGAUCGCCUGCGCCAUCAUGAGCUGCAAUAAGCAGCCGGUCUGUGUGCCGGGUCCCUGCCCAAAGCCCUGUCCGCCACCACCCUGUCCAGGUACUUGCCAAGGUCCUUGCCCGGAAAGCAGCAGCAGCAGCAUUGCCCCAUGUCCUCCACCCUGCCCGUCUAAGCGGAAGGCUCAAAAGGCUCCCUGUCCCCAGCCACAGCCACCUGGCAAGUGCGAGUCCUUGGAGAAACUGAAGCGGCGCAUCCAAUCCAUGCAGACCUCGGUGAAGAAGUUGCUCCAGGAGGUAACCAACCGGGAUGCGUCCGAGCCCUGUGACGUCGACGACGAUGACGAUGAAGGAGAGGAGGACCCCUGCUCCCGGCCAUGUCCUCCCAGGCCACCGUGUCCCGAGGAUCCUGAUCCACUGGUCAUCUGCGGCGGAAAGCGGAACACCAAGGCCGACAAGUACGAGAAGAUGAAGGAGAACUACACCAGGCUGCUAACCGAAUUUCAGCGCAAGGACUGCCAGAUGAAGGAGAUGCAGAAGCGGAUGAAAGGUAUUUGUGGUCCCUGUCCAUCAAAGGGGGGCGACGGGGAUGCCGAUGCCGCCGAGCUGAAUCUACUUCGAUCCCGGGUCAACGAGCUCAAGGAGGAGCAGCUGGAGUUCAAAUGCAUCAUGAAGGAGCAGUCGCAGCAGUUGGAGGAUUACCGCAACAAGUACCUGCUGGCCCAGCAGAAGGUCGAGGAGCAGUGCGUCUCCCUGGAGAAGCUGAACAUGAACAACAAACGCAUCGAACAGCAGAUCAACACGGAGGUGAAGGAGAUUCGAGCCAAGUUUCAAGAGAAGCUGAACGAGCUGCUGCACUUCCCCAAGCUCCUAGAGAAUGAGCAGCUGAAGCUGGCCCAGGUUUGCAAGGAGAAGGACGAGAUGCAGACGAAACUGGUGGUGGUCUGCAAGGAGCUGAAGGCCUGCAAGACGCAGAUGGAGCAGCAGCCCAACGUCGAUGUGCGGCCUCAGCUGGCCCAGUGCCAAAUGGAACUGACCCAGGCCAGGAAUGAACUGGAGGAGCUCCUGCGACAGCGGGAUCUCUUCUGCGAACAGCUCAAGUCCACCCAAGACGAUCUGGAUACACUGCGAACGGAGUCCGCCAAGAUUAUAGCCGGCACCAAGGAACGAGCCGAGUUGAUCAAGUCCCAGCAGCAGGAGCAGAUCAAUCGGCUGGAGAAGGAGUUGGCUCAGUGCCGAGCAACUGCCUCGCUGUCGGUCAACGAUCGGGAGGCUGUCAUCCGCGAGAUGCAGGGCCAACUGAACACACUCUCCUACAGCUUCGAUGCCGCCCAGAAGCAGAUCAAAACGCUGCGCAAUCACAUCGCAUAUGUGUCCAACGAAAACUGCUUCCCCGUCAAGUGCUAAAUGGGAAAAGAUCGGGAACCACUUCGAAUUCACAAAGCAUUUUAAGCAUAAGCCGUAUCUGUGAUAAGAAAUGUAGCAUGCGUUCGAAAACCAUUCACAAAGCUUGUCAUUCAAAUCUAUUUGUAACUCAAAUUUUAAAUAUUCCAAUUGAAAUAUAAGUAAUCUUUCGGCAAAUA